CUUGUAAUACUCGUUCUUGGGCGACAAGCAGCUGCCUACCGCACUCUCAAUUCCUUCAUUGCGUGAGAAGCUGGAAAUAUUAUGGCGUUACCAAGCUCAAGGGUGCCUCACGAGGGCAUGGAGUUACAAAACAUGCCUGCUGAGUUACACAUUUCCCAACAGACGUCAAGGAAUGGAUCUGCCUACGUAUCUUCAUUGAACCCGACAUUAGAAGAACGACAAUCGCCUCGAAAUCAAAGAAGAGCCAUCCUCACCGUAAUCGCGGCCUUCACUCUCACCUUCACAGGCUGCGGCCUCAACUUCGCAUUCGGCGUCUAUCAAGAGCUCUACGAAACCCUCGACGGCCCCUUCUCCCACGCCAGUCCCGCAGCCAUCGACCUCAUCGGCACUCUCGCCGUCAGCCUUAUGACCAUCUGCUCCCCACUAGCCACCGCUUGGACUAAAGCCUACUCCCCUCGGACUAUGACCCUUAUUGGCGGCAGCAUCUUUCUCCUUGCCAACGUCCUCGCCUCAUUCGGCCAACAGCUCUGGCACUUCCUCUUAACGCAAGGUGUGAUGCUCGGCUGUGGAACCUGCUUAACCUUCAUCCCCGCCAUGACCAUCGCGCCAGGAUGGUUUGACGGACGCCGCGGCUUCGCUAUGGGCAUCAUCCUCAGCGGGACUGGUGUCGGUGGCGUCGUGUGGGCGCCAGCACUGCGCUCCCUCAAUGCCUCUAUCGGAUUCCGCAACACCCUUCGUUUGACCGGAGGCAUCGCGUUCAUUCUCAUCUGCACCGCUGCAUUCGUAUUGAAAUGGGACCCAGAUAGUGAGAGACGUAUUGCGGUUGAGUAUCCACCAACCUCCUCUACGUCUUUCGGAGCAAGAUUCAUACAUGUCAGAAUUCCGCUUGUCAACUGGCGGAUUGCGCGCUCGAAAAUCUUCGUUGCGGAAGCGCUGGGCGCGAUGCUGCAAGCUGCGGCGUAUUAUACCCCCGUUUAUUUCUUCUCGUCCUAUGCGAGGACGCUUGGAUAUAGUGCUGCCAGCGGUGCCAGUUUCAUCGCCAUCUCGAACGCCUCCUCUGCUAUGGGCAAGGUCGUACUGGGCUACAUUGCGGAUCGGACCGGACGGCUCAACACGCUCCUGGUGUGCACUAUCAUCAGCGCUAUUUCCGCGUUGGGUCUGUGGUUCCCAUCAACCUCAGCGGCCGUCGGCGAGGGGCAGAAGGCGAAAUCCCUCUUCAUCGCGUUCACAAUCUUAUACGGCAUCUUUGCAGGCGCAUACGUCUCGCUGUUCCCAACAGUCCUCGUCGAGUUAUUCGGAGUCCAGCAUUUCGCAAGCGUGAACGGAUUCCUGUACAUGGUCCGCGGAUUCGGCACGCUACUUGGCACGCCGAUUGCUGGUGCGCUCAUCCAUUCGUCUGGAGCGAGAGUCUCGACGGGCUUUGGGCAUAAGGCGAUGGAUUAUACGAAGCCGAGUGUUAUGGUGGGCUCGUUGCUGGCGGCUGCGACGGUGAGUGUGUUCUGGAUUAGGUUGGAGGCUGGUGGUGUGGCGAAGUGGAAGGCGUAGAUUACAGUGCCCAACUGUAAGCGGAUUGUAUAGAAGGUGAAGAAGGUGAGGUAGUGUCCGCUUCAUUUCGAACGUUGUCCAAAUUAAUGGAAAAGAAAUUGAUGUCGAUGCUUCAAGGUCAAGAUUAAAGUGCAGAGGUCCCUGCCUGUGCCCAGCAAAAAGCUAAUCUGAGAGUGACACAGGUGUUCUAAGGGUACAUAUUUCAAGUAAAUUUGGCUUACUUCCAAGAA